AUGGAAUUACCUCCUCGACCAACUCUGUUUGACUUCCAUGGCGUCUCCAUGACCAGAUACUUCACAGACAACUGGGACAAUAUUCAGCACUUUGAGGCGAGGCCGGAUGAUAUUCUAAUAGCAACUUACCCUAAAGCAGGAACCACCUGGGUUUCUUACAUCCUGGAUCUUCUCUACUUUGGGGACACAGUUUCCAACUCUCGUUCUUCUGUUCCUCUGCAUGAGAAAAUUCCUUUCCUGGAGAUCUGUGUACCUCAUCGACCUACAGGUAAAGAUUUGGCAGACCAGCUCCCUACUUCUCCACGUCUCAUUAAAACACACCUACCAGUUCAGUUUGUGCCUAAAUCCUUCUGGGAGCAGCGCAGUAGGAUUGUAUAUGUGGCACGUAAUGCAAAAGACAGUGCAGUUUCCUAUUUUCAUUUUGGACGCAUGAAUCAUAUCCAGCCAGAACCAGGGGAGUGGAGCUGCUUUCUGCAAAACUUCAUGCAGGAAAAGAUGGUGUUUGGAUCAUGGUAUCAGCAUGUGACGGCAUGGUGGGAGAAGAAGCAGACUUAUUCUAAUAUUCACUACAUGUUCUAUGAGGACUUGAUUGAGGACUCCAGAAAAGAAAUCAACAGACUGUGUUCGUUUCUGGGCUUGUCUCCGACAGCUCAGCAGAGGGAACAUGUCAGAUCUAAGGUGACAUUUGAAACUAUGAAAGAAAACAAAAUAACCAACUACUCCACUGUCCCAACGAUGAACCACAGUGUAUGUCCUUUCAUGAGGAAAGGAACUGUAGGAGACUGGAAGAACCAUUUCACCGUAUCCCAGAAUGAACAGUUUGACGAAGACUACAAGAACAAAAUGAAGAACACUGCUCUGUUCUUUCGAACUGAAAUAUAAGGAUCCUGUGUUAUGUCACAAAACAUCCCAACUGGAAGAAAAUCAAAGGAUCAAAUCUCACCUGUGACAUUUCUGUGUAGUUUGGACAUUUUUUUAUGUAUAUGCUUUGGUUUACUUUUACAGUCUAAAAAAACAUGAAGGCUUUUUAAAUACUGUAAAUAGCUCCAUUGUAUGAAAGACAUGGUUAUCUCAACUCUGAUUGUCUCUAGUUUGACCCUGUGAAGAACUGAUCUCUUCAUUUAAUGACUGUCGACUGUCCAGGCCUGGAAGGGAUAAUUUUUGUCCAGAAGAGGUUGUUUAAAAGACAUGAAACACAAUUAACCAGUGGAAAACAUUGCUGUGUGACGAAUGUAAACCAUUUAAAAUGUGGAAUAACAUGCCUUUCAAUGUCCCCUAAUGUGAAGUAGAUAUCAUAAUAAUAAGACGAAUAAUUACUACUGUUUUUACAAAGAGAGGCUUAACUGUCAUGUCUUGGUUUAUAGGAGGGCCCUGAGUA